ACACACCCACCCACCCACCCACACACACGCAGGCACACACACACACACACACACACACACACACACACACACACACACACACACACACACACACACACACACACACACACACACACACACACACACACACACACCGAUAUCGGGGGAUGCGCAUUGGAGACGCUCUCUCACCCUGAAUCGUCCUCCACACGGGGACGUGUUCUCAACUUUCCCCGCGCCAGUCAGCGGUCGACACCGGAGAGGGUUCAGGGAUCAGGACCGGCUGUGACGUCACGAGCUCCGAGCGGCGGACCGUCCGUCGUUAUUUAGCGCGCCGCGUCCCGACCGAGUGACAGCGCGUGGGCGGCGCUGCCGGGAGACCCUCUCUCUCGUACCGGUGGCCGAGAGCCUCAGUUGUCAGGGAGGAGGGCGGUGGAGCAGCAGCACCAUCCGGGUAACAGGAGACGGAGUGAACCACGCGUGUUAAAACACUUUAUUAGUGGCGGUGGGUUAAAAGGCUCCGGAUCGAUAGGAGGGACGGCGCGUCUCCAUAGGGGGUCUGGUUUCAGGUCCGCCAGCGCAAAGUGACUGACGGACUCGCGUUGAGUCUUCACGAGGAGGCGAACCGAAUGGAAAGCAGUGCGCAUCACCUCGGAAAUACGAACAAGUUCAUCUCCGAUAUGGCUCCGUGAGCGCGGUGAAGCCGUCUGGUUUCUCGUGGUUGAAGGUUGGAGAUCCUGAGGAAAAGUCUCUGUUGUGUCCCUAUCUGCAGCGGCGUAGCUGCCCCGAGGGGGCCAUUGGGGGCCAGGGUGGAAGGGGGCUCGGACUGCUGUUUUGAGUUUUAAUAAUUAACACCAAAAAAUGAAGAGUGCUAUCACUGGGAUUUACACUGCGAGGGUGAUUACAAACCGGCGAAUGUAUGAAGCUACUCUGAAAUCGAGACUUUGUAAAGCAAGAUAUUUUCUGUUGAAGUUGAAAUGAUGUGAGAGCUUCAGAGAUGGGUUGCAUGUGGCUCUUACUCGUCAAGGUGUGUGUGAUGCUGAGUGGGCUGCUGGCGGGGGCGUGCGGCGAGGGGAGCUGUGAGGGGCUGGUCAUGCUGUCCGCCAACGUGUCACUGUACGCCUUGGCUUCAUGGAACCAGAGCUCCAGCAACCUCACAGACUCCUCUGAGCCUUUCUGCGAGACCUCAAUCGACGGAAUCGGUACCUGCUGGCCCAGGAGCAAGCCAGGACAGAUGGUGUCCCGGCCCUGCCCGGAAAUGUUCUACGGCGUCCGCUACAACACCACCAACAGUGUCUACAGGCGAUGCCUUUCCAAUGGAAGCUGGGCAGUGAAGGGGAACUACUCCAUGUGCAAGGCCAUCCUCUACCAAGAGAAGAGAAGUAAGAUGCACUACCAGAUUGCGGUGAUCAUCAACUUCCUGGGUCACUGCGUCUCCCUGGUGGCUCUGCUGACGGCAUUCUGCCUCUUCCUCUGUCUCAGGAGCAUCCGCUGCCUGAGGAACAUCAUCCACUGGAACCUGAUCGCUGCCUUCAUCCUGCGCAACGCCACCUGGUUCAUCGUCCAACUCAGCAUGAGCCCCGAGGUCCACGAGAGCAACGUGGUGUGGUGCCGUCUGGUUACAGCCUCCUUCAACUAUUUCCACUCCACUAACUUCUUCUGGAUGUUUGGCGAGGGGUGCUACCUGCACACCGCCAUCGUGCUGACCUACUCGACAGACCGCCUGCGCAAAUGGAUGUUCAUCUGCAUCGGCUGGUGCAUUCCCUUCCCGAUCAUUGUUGCGUGGGCCAUCGGGAAGUUGUACUACGACAACGAAAAGUGCUGGUUUGGGAAGCGGGCCGGAGUCUACACAGACUACAUCUACCAGGGACCCAUGAUCCUGGUUUUGGUGAUUAACUUCAUCUUCCUCUUCAACAUCGUCAGGAUCCUCAUGACCAAACUACGAGCCUCUACCACAUCAGAAACAAUCCAGUACAGGAAAGCGGUGAAAGCGACGCUGGUCCUGCUGCCCCUGCUGGGGAUCACCUACAUGCUGUUCUUCGUCAACCCAGGAGAAGAUGAGGUCUCUCAGAUCGUCUUCAUAUACUUUAACUCCUUCUUGGAGUCCUUCCAGGGCUUCUUCGUGUCUGUGUUUUACUGCUUUCUGAACAGUGAGGUGAGGUCGGCGGUGAGGAAGAGGUUCCAUCGCUGGCAGGAGCAACACUCCAUCCGGACGAGGAUGACCCAGGCCAUCUCCAUCCCCACCUCCCCCUCCAGGGUCAGCUUCCACAGCAUCAAGCAGUCCACGUCGCUAUGAGAGAGAGACCCCGAGAGAGACAAAGUGUGGUGGUCUCUCUAUCACCUGAAGGGAGCUCUGAUCCAGUCCAAGAGAGACUGCUAGGCUAGAGACCAUAAAGACUCUUGAGAGACGAGGACUACUGCUAAUGCUACUACUACUACUACUACAGCUACUGCUACAUAUGAAUAUCUUUGUUCGUUAUGUUUCUGCUGUAUAUUCUGUUAAUAUUAUUGCUUGCGCUGUAUUAUUUGUGAUCGUUUAUUGCAGAGAUCGGAGAUCAACUGGACCACUGCAGUCAUUUAAAUGUCCUAUCACUCAGUCAUUAUUAUAUCUCUAUAUAUAUGGUUAUUAUUAUAUAUAUAUAUAUAGCAGCACUUCUUUAGCAGUAAGUAGUACUGCAGUAUUCCUUCACACUGAUGAGGUCCAUUGGUGCGGUGUUCUGCCCUGUGGAGCCCUUGACUCGAUUACACCUCGACCAGCCAGGAUUUACACAUUCCGCCUGUACCCGAUGAACUCUAUAUUAUGUGUACCCGGUCACCUGUAGCACCUUUACCCUGUAUACUGUACCCUAUACUCCCUCUACCAUCUAUCCCCCUAGGUCCGGGACAUUGUACCGGCUUCCCUCAGCUCCGUUCACCUGAAGAAAUGACAACGUUGUAAACUGUGGAUUUGAAUGCUUUUCCGAUUGCUGUAAAAGUUUGCCGGCUGGUUUGUAUAAUAUCCUAUAUCUUAGCUGUGACUGUAGAGAAUAGUCUUCAUACGUAUGGAUGUCCAAUGCCACUGGCAGAGGUCCGCUCGCUGAGAAGCCCUGAAGCACCACAUUCCUGAUGCGCCAACAUGUACUGAACCUCUUCACUGCUGUUGUUCACAACAUUAUCGUCACGCAUUCUAUACGGCUCUCCUGUUUACCUCACCACCAAAUCAAUGUUAAACCACCCCUCUCCAGGUGUAUGUGACGGUUAUAGUUAAAUAUGUACAUUUGUGUAUUAAAGCCUGAAGUUAU